AGUGUUUUCUCGAUGGUUGUCUGUUACAUUUCAAAUGAAAUACAAAAAUAAGUUCCAAAACCUCAUUCUCAAAAGUUGUAGGUAUCUUGAACGUUGGUUAAGUUCAACCCUCGCCACUCUUGGCUGUUCUGUACUUUAGAAGUAUUUUAGGUCCUGUGAGCAAAUGAUAAAAAUGUACUCUGUUACUAGAAAUUGGUUAAUUUUGGGGAACCUCAUAUAGCUAUAGCUAGUGUAAAGAGCGAUUAUUGGGAAGUGUGUGUGUUUGUACACAAGGCGGAAUUAAACUUGCAAGACAAAGUGCUUAGGUUAUUUUCCUUAUAUCCUGUUCCCUGUAAACUUUAUGAGCUCUUUACUAUUUCAGUUGCUGUUGGAACACAGAUAACUUCACUGGGCAUGAUUCAUGGAAAGGUCGUGGCUGAUAAGUGCAGCCUUGCAGCUUUGACAUCCUGUUACGUGAUAGCACCAAAUAUUUGUAAACACAUGUGGUGUUACUGAGUAUUGAACACAUGUGUUAUUACUUUAAAAAUUAUGAAGUGGUCAGGAUUAGUCUCGUGGGUGUUUUAAUCCCUUCAGUUCUGGUUUAACUCGAGAUUUGUUUGUACUCACGCCUCUCCCACAUGUGUCUUGUACCCUACUGUGAGCUGCCACAGCAUAUUGCAAAUUUCUGCUACAAACUUUAACCUAGUUUCAGAUUAGUACUCUAACUCAUUUGUGGCGUUCUUUUUUCCUCUUAGAAAUGCUUCAGCAUCUUCAGUUACAGGUGCAGCAAGCCCAUGGAUUAGUGUAUCAGCUCUAACACUGCCUGUGUUCAAGUGGCAGCAUCAGUGGCAUGUCCAGACAUAAGCAGAGCCAGCAGCUUUUUUUGCCUCACUUGUACACAAGAGCCUUGUAUUUAGAAGCCACUUCAAGCUCUUCUGCUCUUAUGAGUCAAAAUGAAGCAACAAAUUAAAUUGGUUUUCUAAUUUCAGCUAAAUUCUUUUGCAUUUUCAAUACCACAGAUGAAACAGAUUCCAGUAGCAUUAUAAACUUGACUUCAUGUUGAACAUGAGCCUUGUUAUGAUCAUUGAGAAUGUAAAGUUGGCCCGUGAAUAUGCCUUACUGGGAAAUUAUGACUCUGCAAUGGUCUACUACCAGGGAGUUCUUGACCAAAUGAAUAAGUACCUGUACUCUGUGAGAGACACCUAUCUGCAGCAGAAAUGGCAACAGGUUUGGCAGGAAAUAAGUGUGGAAGCUAAGCAUGUGAAAGAUAUAAUGAAAACACUAGAGAGCUUUAAACUAGACAAUACUCCAUUGAAAGCCUCACAACAAGAAUUACCAGCUCAUGAUGCAGAAGUCUGGUCUUUGCCAGUACCUGCUGAACGUAGACCUUCGCCAGGACCCAGAAAGCGUCAGUCUGUUCCAUGCAGUGAUUGCAGAGGUCACAAUAAUCGUGUCAGUGCAGCUGUCAGAGGCCCUCACCGUCCAUCCUCUCGAAAUCCCAGUGAUAAAGGGAAGGCAGUCCGCAGCCGGGAAAAAAAGGAUCAACGAAAUAAAGGAAAAGAGGAAAAGAACAAAUCCACAUCUGAGAUUUCAGAAUCUGAACCAAAGAAAUUUGAUAGUACUGGAUAUGACAAAGAUUUAGUAGAAGCUCUGGAAAGAGAUAUAAUUUCUCAGAACCCAAACAUCCGAUGGGAUGACAUUGCUGAUUUAGUAGAAGCCAAAAAGCUGCUUAAGGAAGCUGUAGUUUUACCCAUGUGGAUGCCAGAGUUUUUUAAGGGAAUUAGAAGACCAUGGAAGGGAGUUCUGAUGGUUGGUCCUCCUGGUACUGGAAAGACCCUCCUAGCAAAAGCUGUAGCCACUGAAUGCAAGACUACUUUUUUCAAUGUUUCUUCUUCCACGCUUACCUCAAAAUACAGAGGAGAAUCUGAAAAGCUUGUUCGUCUGCUGUUUGAAAUGGCUCGAUUUUAUGCCCCCACCACUAUAUUUAUUGAUGAAAUAGACUCUAUCUGUAGUCGAAGGGGAACUUCAGAGGAGCAUGAAGCCAGCAGACGUGUGAAGGCAGAGCUGCUGGUUCAAAUGGAUGGUGUCGGAGGGGCUACUGAAAAUGAUGAUCCUUCUAAGAUGGUCAUGGUACUUGCUGCUACUAAUUUUCCUUGGGAUAUUGAUGAAGCCCUAAGACGGAGACUAGAAAAGAGGAUUUACAUUCCUUUACCAUCAGCAAAAGGUAGAGAGGAACUCCUAAAAAUAAAUCUGCGAGAGCUGGAACUGGCUGACGAUGUUGACCUUGCAAACAUAGCUGAGAAAAUGGAAGGUUAUUCGGGUGCAGACAUCACCAACGUAUGCAGAGAUGCAUCGCUGAUGGCUAUGAGGCGGCGUAUUGAAGGCUUGACACCCGAAGAAAUAAGAAAUCUUCCCCGAGAUGAAAUGCACAUGCCAACAACUAUGGAAGACUUUGAAAUAGCUUUGAAGAAAGUUUCUAAAUCGGUAUCUGCUGCGGACAUUGAGAAAUAUGAGAAAUGGAUAGCUGAAUUUGGAUCAUGUUGAGUUGUCUUCUCUUGAAGAAGCCACCUUAUGUCUUAAAGCAGCUUUAGAUAUAAUCAGUGGUGUUUCAGUGCACUGCGUGCUCUUUUUAACUUUUGUAAUUUAAGAGCAACAGAUGUCUCAAUAAAUUUUUUUAAAAUGCAAA